UCAUGCUGCUCACAUUCAUCAAUACUUCUCGUAAUAGAUUGUGGGCAAAGUCAAUGUUGUCGACAAAACCUCGGACUUCGUCGUAUACUUGAAGCCCCCGUUUUGGACCGGCCCCGACCGCCUCUCUCUCUUACCACGAUCAUCUCUUCAGCGCUUAAACAGUUUUCUAUGUCUCAGCCUCCAGCAUCGCAGCCCUCCGGGACGGCGAUGAGCUCUACUCAACCACUACCUGGCGAAGAUCACGAGAUGUCGCCGAAUGGCCUUGACGAGGCUCCUCUCGACACCCCCGACGACGAAAUAUUGUCGGCCUGCGGUAAUGAUCUCGCGACGAAACUUGGACGCCUGUCCAACAGCCUCUACGACCGCAGGGACAUCACUGCCGAGGAGAUCCUCGGCACCCUUAGCAAACUCAUGGACCUAACUUCUCUAACCAUCCACGACCUCGGCAUCGCCAAAGUCUCCCUCCUCGGUCCUACCUUCGAUACUAUCGUCGGUGAGGCUGAUUCAUUUACCUCUCACCUGAUCUCGAUGCGAGGAGGACCGGCACAACCGGCCUCCAAGAAAGCUCGCAUCGACGACACGCCGAGCGAUGUCAUCGCCGACGCAGUCAAGGGCGCCCUUGGCCCUAUCAUGUCCGAUAUCAUGAGGCGUUUCAACCGCCUCGAGGAUGAAGUGCGGCGCAAGCCUGCCUCACGCUCCACACGUGCACACCCCGAUGCUGCUCG